AUGUCGGCAACCUCGACAUCCUCGAGCGAAGCACCGCCGCCCGGCUCGAAGGCGCAAUACAUCUACCUGAACAAGGCAGCUCUCGAGUCGGCUUGUCAUGAGCAUGGCCUCAACUAUCGCGAUCUGGACAGCGCUGGCAAGCCACCCACGAACGACAAGCUCGCCGCCAGGCUCUACCUAAGCGAUGCGAACGGGGAUCCUGACGCUGGGCUGGAGGCAACCCUCGCCGGCUACUUAAAAUCCAAGAAGCAACCCGAGCUGGUGAGUCUACUCCGGGAGCUCCAGCCAGGCAAGGAUCUCGCCGGCGUGUCGAGGAAGCAUGACAUCAUAGCUGCGAUCGCCAGGGUCAUGGUCAAGAGUUAG